CGAUCAGCAGCAGCAGGCACAGCUUGGCAAGAUCCAGCAGCAGCAGGUCGAGAAGAUGGUUGACUUCGAGAUCCAAUUCGCCAGGCUGAUCAGCAAGACGUCUUGCGAAGAUGUCUCAGUACUGCUCAACGCUACGGAUACGGACGUCCUGCUGGCUGAGGAGGGACGCCUGUCUUUGGAGGAGCUGUCCAACCUCACCCCGCAUUUCGACUGGUCCGUGAUGCUGCAAAACUUCCUGGCCGUAAACAACAUCAGCCACGACAUGAACAUCGUAUCCGUCGACUGCAAACCUUUCGUGAAGGCCGUCUCCAAGUUCCUGGACGAGAGCCCCAAGCGCGUGGUCGCCAACUACCUGGUGUGGAGGUUCGUCUUCAAGAAUAUGCGCUUCAUGGGCCACCAGCUGCACAAGAUCUGGCAAGAUUUCCGUAAGCAGGUGCCGAAUCUGAACGAGGAGCGGGUGUACUCAGGCAGGUGGAAAGGAUGUGCAGAGAUGGUGGAAAAGGGACUGGCCAACGUCCUCUCCCAUAUGUACAUACAGCACUACGACAAACACCACAUCAAAGCCAAGGUAGAAGAGUUAAUACGCUAUGUGAAGAAGGCCUUCCGCGAUAGUCUUCUCAGCGAAUCCUUGGAUCGAAAACGACAUGAAAGAAGCUCUGGUGGAAAAGACAUGAUGGGUCAGAAGAUAGCAUUUCCGGACUCGGUCCUCAACCUGACUGCCCUCAACGAGGAGAUUGAUGACCUGCAAUUUGACGAUCAGCACCUGCUUUUUAACGUGCUGCGAUUGCGAAACCACGAGAUGGUGCGUGACCUCCGCAAGCUGCUGCGACCCGUCGACAAAGACAGGGAUUGGAUCGUACGCCCACUGCAAGUGAAUGCCUUUCACUUCGCCAUGAACAACGAAAUCUUAUUCCCGCUUGGCUUCCUUCGGGAGCCAUUCUUUGGACUGGAUUAUCCAGCCCUAGCAAACUUCGCUAACAUGGGCGUGGUGAUUGGACAUGAACUAACGCAUGGCUUCGACAACCACGGCCGACGCCACAACUGGGGCGGCAACGUCACGAACUGGUGGUCGGAAAAGCUGCUGACAGACUUCACCGACCGUGCUAUGUGCAUUGUCAAACAGUACUCCAAAUACAAGCUGGAUGUUGUGGGUAAAAACGUUGACGGCAACAGGACGGUGGGAGAGAACAUGUGUGAUAGCUCGGGCCUCAAGCAGGCCUUCAGAGCAUGGCGGCAGUGGCAGCGCGAGCACCGGCCAGAGCCCAAGCUCCCCGGCAUCGAUCUGUCCGACGACAAGCUCUUCUUCGUCUUCUACGGACAGAUCUGGUGCGAGGUGGUGAGCCCGGAGGGCUGGGAGAAGUACGCGAUGGAGGCACACAGCCCGGGCCGCUAUCGGGUGCGGGGAGUGCUGCAGAAUUCGCCGCUGUUCUCCGCCACCUUCGGCUGUCCGCCCGGCUCUCCGAUGAACCCGGUCGACAAGUGCCACGUCUGGGACUAGGGCCUCUGGCGCAUCCCUAAACGCACAAGCGGUUCGGCGCCGGCCGCGCGAGCCUCGCUCGGCCCGUUGGUGGUGUCCUCCUCCACUCAGCCUCCCCUCCGGUGUCAAGUACAAGUGGCAAUCGUUGCGUCGUCCGUGCGCUGCUGCAGCGCGGAGGAUGCGUCGACUGCGAGGAACGUGGUGCGCGGGGCGCGUUCUGAACCCAGCAGCGCUCGCGCGUCACGAAGGGCGCAGCCGUGCGGCUCGGAGGCUUGUUACGACUGAGACGCUGGGUUGUCCGCCUUCUUCUAAAAACGGCAUCUGGCUGGUCGAUUUUCUUAAAGUGCGUCAGGUUAGUUCCCGUCAGGUGGCGCACGCCGCAGCACCUGCCCUGCCCCGAGGCAACGGGCCGAGAUUUUUGCUAGCAGGGCGUUCAGAGGGUGUCCUGGCGGAACUAUGUGCGUCACACUGGGCUUGGUGUAGGAACGCGGCGCCGCGUUUGCCGCGCUCGCAGUUCAGCCUCGCACCGUGGCAGCCAGAGGGCGCCCGAGUGCAACCAGAGGGCACCCUAGUGCAGCCUGAGGGCGCCCGAGUGCAGCCAGUGUGCAUGCUUCCAGGCCACGCUGGUGACGCAACACGAGAGUGGCCCGUUGAUGUGUAGAAUUGACUGGGCAUCCGGUGCGCCACAGCUGUUUGUUAGCAGUCAGUUGAGACCAGAUUGACUUUCCCCUACCACCUCGGUGGUUAAUGCCCGCGAUCAUAUGCUUGCGGAAUUUCGUGGAUCCUUGCUGUUCCUACAAAAGGGCAUUUGUACAUGUACAUAUACCUUUGUAGUGAUACAGGGUGCCCAGGAGGAGAGAGUUUGGUGCUUAUAUUCAUAACUAGUUUUUAAUGCAACACAGAAACGAAAUCAGAACGCCAACUGUCACUCUAUUCUAUGGCACAUGCAGGUUGGGAACGAAAGUCUGUCUGGAUGAGGGUUAUAAUGGAGUGGGAAGCCCUGCGGUUUGUGCUGGAGAUUGACGCUAAUUCGCUUCAAGGCCAGCGACAGUUUAAUCUCCUUGAUCUGUUCAACGACCUCUCAGCACACCCGAGCCCGACCGGACGAACUUCCUUAAUGCUGUCUGCCUUGAGGCCCGUGGUCACUCCGGGUUUGCUCACGUGCACCUUGUCUUACAGAUGUCCCAAAUAAAAAGCCCGAAGCGCUUACGUCAGCGGAAUUUGGGGUCCAUGGAAGCUCUGCCUUGUUUUUGACAAGAUGGUUUCCAAAAUGACUGUGCGGGAGACCCAAGCUUCGACUGGCACUUUUUCGGCAUCGCGCCACCUGGUUAAAACCAACGAUUCUCUUUGCGCAUUCCUGCUCGGCAUCCAGAUUCGUUCCAAAAUUGUUCGAGCACGACCUCACUUGUGCCAUGUAACACCCACUAAGUAUUCAAAGGAUGCAGGCAUGCAUGCAAGCUUUAAGCAUGCACCUUGGUAAACGGCCAAAACGUUUACAUUAUUGUAGGGAAGUUAGUCUAAAUCGAACAAAAACGAGUUGCUAAAAAUUCCUGAUUGAAAGUAAUCGACAUCCUUUUAAAGUCCUUGUACAUGAACAUGCCUUAUUUCUAUAACUAGCAAGCUUUUAAAACCCUAAUGACUAAUCAAUUCCUUUUGUAAAACAAGUCGUCGUACACAGCUCGGUACUAAGUGGAUGCAUGACUAAAGUGAGCGAUACUACAUCGUCAUAUUCCCUGUCAUGCUUUUCUUUUUUGUGUCAUAUUUCAAGCUUGGGUUCCAUAGUAAGCGACUGCAAAGUUAAGCGAUACAGGCCUUCAACCCAUACUGAUAUUGGCAGAAGCGCAGUCAAGAUCGAACUGUUGAUGACGAUGUCUCUGAAGACCGCAACACACGACAUUUUACUUCACCUGGGCAUAGACUAUGGCGAUGCAUCGUCUGGAGCUCCAAUACGACUCCUCCCACGGACCUUAUGCCCGUGGCAUGAGCUAACAACCCGGCUCAAAUCUUCUUGGGUCCCGGGCAUUGGGCGACAUCGAGAGCUGGUGUUUAAACCCAACCCAGCGGCAGCCUCUAUCCAGGUCAAGUCGAUUAGCUUGCAUUGCUGCAUGGUUCAUUCUCGUCUACUCAAAACACUUGAUUAAAGACAUUGGGUAUUAGCGGCAUUGCCUCUGUUUUUAACUCAGAGUCCUAUCAGGCUAGCGAUUCCUUCAAGUGUGGUAGCACCUACGGCCAUAGCGCUACUGCGAUGUCAGCAGAACGGCUCUCUGGUAAUAGUUCCAUCUUUUUGACCUGUCUGUUUGAAGGGGUUAUUUUCAGUGCGCUCAUUUUCACCUCAAACCACAAGAAGAAAAUCUGGAAAUCUUGGGCAAGCCUCUGUAAGACGAACCUCUUCAAAAAAUCCAAAAAGGUGCGUUUCUGUUUGUUUUCUCACAAAGAACGCAAGCGCGUAACACACAUUUUUCACAUACGACAUAGAUUAGGUUUGAACCGUAAGAAAAUGACAUCGGUUUUCGGCACAAACUUUGUUGCGCAGCAGCAAAGACGCAUGCAGUAUUUUGUAGCAAGUGCGCACAUGUUCGCAGUCCAAAUACACUUAUUGCGUUGUGGCUGCAAACAACAGUUAGUCAUGCUGACAUGCAACGAAAAGGCGUCGUGCGUCAAAAAAAAAUUCUGGAAGCUCGGCGGGUAGGGGCAUAUAUUAAUUCCUGUUGUUGCCAGCUUGGUUAUGUUCUAUUGCCUUGAUUUCCAAGGGUUUUGACGCGUCAACAGGAUCGCUCGCAAAUAUUAAACUAUUAGCAGUCAGAAAAAGGUGAAGAUCGCUUAAGCUGCUUUGAGAGCAUAAUAAGCCCACCUUCGAAAACGCUUAAGGCGGAACAAUGUUUGUGCUUUGACAACAAAGUUGCGUAUGACGCAAAUUGACACCAAGAACAAGUAGACACGCUUUUGUAAUGGGGCUCUUGCAAUCGGGACUUCAAAAAUGCGAUUGCUGUUGAUUGAUAUGGUCUUAGGACACUGUAUAACUUUAUAAUCGUUAUAACAUUAUCUUGUAGUAUAUUUUAUUAAGCUACUAUUCAUAAUGCGACGAUAUAACCUUGUUACAACACUUGAAAACAUCUUAAUUGCAGGGAUCCCUAUGAUGCAACGUUGAAUUUAUUUAUUGAAGGUCACCUGACUCGUACACAACCUUCUUUCUCUUACGACUUGCAGUUUUCAUGGCCUCAUGGGAUAGCGUUUGGUCAUUCAGCUGGCUGUGCAUGGAUGAAACAAAACACAUGUACGUCUAGAGACGCGCCGGCUCCCGCUACCCCGUAUUUGGCCCCGUGCUUCCCGGUCGCGGCCCAGGUAGUAAUCGCAGCAUUGAAGCGGCACCAAGAAUGCGAAGUGCAUCUCCAUUUGCUCUCACGAUUGCGGUGAGGAAUGCAUGGUAAAGAAAUUUUCUUUACAGACUUGGUGUCCAUUCAUUCAGAGUUUUGCCCUGAUGCCACUUGUGAAUAUCUUAUUGGUGUUUUGACCGUACGCGCAGCUCUAUGGUGCAUAGCAGCGAGUGAGUGUCUGUACAAAGGGACAUGAAUUGCGUCAUCUUUGUUCUGUGUAAUGUUCUGAAUCGACUUUUCAAAUACACAGAAAUG